AUGCUUGCAAUCGCAAUUUUCGUGCUCAUAAGCGGCACAGCAGCAUUACCAGUGCAAAAUGGCGACUCAGAAGCUAAAAACGAAACAGAAAUUGACUAUCGUUUGCCAAACACCACAGUGCCGAUACACUAUAACCUCAAAAUAAUACCAGACAUCGAUGGAGAUUCUGGAUUCGAAGGAGAAAUUAGUAUAAAAUUCAAAGUUCUCGAUCCAACAUCGAAUAUCGUUUUACAUAUGAUGGAGUUAGAGGUGGAUGAGAAUGCGACGCGAGUAGUUUUAGAAAAUGGCGGUGUGAUUGUGCCAGAAGUGCACGAGCACGAUAAUGAGACGCAGAAAUUGACUAUUGGUCUUGGUACGGUUCUGAAAGAAGGGGUUUAUUGGUUGAACAUGAAAUUCUUGGGAGAUAUUAGAGACGAUUUAUUUGGAUGUUUUAAAAGCUCUUAUGAAGACGAGGAAGGGAAUACAGUAUGGGUCGUCGCCACUCAAUUCGAAGCAACCUACGCUCGCUACGCGUUCCCUUGCUGGGACGAGCCUGCUUUAAAAGCGACCUACAAUAUUUCCAUCAAACAUUACGAUAAUUACACAGCGAUGUCAAACAUGCCUGCACGAGAGAAAUCGUACGACGAAACCGAUGGAAAAGUGUGGACGCAUUUUGAGAGGACACCUAUUAUGUCCAGCUAUCUGGUAGCCUUCGUAAUAGCCGAUUAUGAGAACGUCUCGAAUUCUGAUGGUUCAAUUAAUAUCGUGGGCAGAAGAGAGUUGAUUCCAUAUUUUAAGUUUGCUCUUGAAAUCGCGGAGAAAGCAGCGAGGGAGUUGGAACAGUACACGAAUAGCACUGUUCGAGUGCCCAAGAUGGACCAUGUGGCUCUUCCUCAGCAUGCGACUGGUGCUAUGGAGAACUGGGGACUUAUUACAUAUCCGUACGUUUCUUUAUAUGAUGCGAUGGAGAAAUUCUUUGAUGAGAUAAAAGAUUUAUUAGAAAGGAAUCUCGCCUUCAACGAAGAAGAAGACUCCUUCGACAGGAAGUACUCGAUCGCAACAACAGUAGUCCACGAACUAGCGCACCAGUGGUUCGGUAACGUGGUCAGCCCAAAAUCGUGGUCCCACAUUUGGCUGAACGAAGGUUUCGCUUCGUACUUUCAGCAAUACAUCGUAGACAAGAUUUUGAAAGAGUGGAGGAACAUGGACUAUUUCAUAGCUAGAACCUUGCAAUUUUCUCUGACCAUGGAUAUUGAAUGGAAUGCAAAUCCAAUUGACACGGUUUUGGAGUCGCCUGAUCAGAUCGAGUCGGCCUUUUCGAUUUCUGUUUAUAACAAAGGUGUACUGUUGUCUCCCUCUAUAUUGCAUAUGCUGGCCAACAUCGUCACUCCAGAGGUCUUCCGCAGGGGCCUCAUCGGCUACUUAGACAAACACGAAUUCGACUCUGCAGAUCCCGACUGCCUCUGGGGAGCCCUGCAGACUGCCCUGGACAACUCAGACGUGCCCCACAAUGACUAUAACCUGAGAGAAGUCAUGAACACCUGGAUCAAACAGAAAAGAUAUCCUCUGGUGACCGUCGAACGUAAUUAUUCAACCGGUGACGUGACAUUCGAGCAAGAAGAUUAUGUGUUCGUACAUGUACAUGAGAACGAGCCCAAUAACCUUCUCAAGGACAAUAACGAAACUUAUCAAUGGUGGGUGCCGAUCACUUAUACGACAGGGUCGAAUCUGAAUUUUGAGGACACUAGGACGAUGAACUGGUUGAGACCGGAUGAAGUUUUGACUGUGGAGGGAAUCGACCCGGAGGAUUGGAUUAUAGUUAACAAGAAACAAAGUGGCUACUAUCGUGUGAAUUACGACGAGACUAACUGGAGGAAGAUCGCCAGGUACCUGCGUUCCGAAAACUUCACAAACAUACAUGUCCUCACCCGUGCCCAAAUCAUGAGCGACAUCACAGACUUGGUAAUGUUCAACCGCGUCGAACGAUCAGUGUUCCUAGAUUUAGUUCUUUAUAUGAAACAAGAAGAAGAUUUCCCACCGUGGUCCCACCUGUUGUACCUAACAGAGAAUUACAAACUCGCGUUACAGUAUCCCUCGGCUAAACCAAUCAAGGCUUUUAUGUUGAGCAUUAUGGAGAAUUUGAUUAAAAAUAUUGGUUACGAGGAUGAUCCUAAGGAUACUUUGUUUACGGUGUUGAUGAGAGCAGAAGUGUUGGAGGCUGCUUGUUUACUUGGACACGACGAGUGCAUCAAAAUGGCGGCUGAUAAAAUGGCGGACUUCUUGGAUGAUCCGAAUAAGUACAAAAAAUCAGCGCACUUGUCAAGCUGGAUGUACGACAAUGCUGGUCGGAGGGCGAACGAGUCGCUGUGGUAUAAGAUGUUGGAAAUGUGCGAAAGAAAUAAUUCAGUGGAAAUGUUAGCUGCGUUGAGUUAUACAGAGAACGUAAAACUUUUUAAAGUGUACUUAAACUUGUCAAUAUCAGAUAAUACCACCCUAUCGGAUAAAUACAAGGCGGCCAUAAUCAGAUUUGCAUUUAGGAAUCCCCUUUUUCUAGAUGAUACCAUUAAUUUUUGUCUUCGGCAUUGGGAAAAAUUGAAAGAAAGUGUAAAAGGCAUUUUUUAUAACAUUGAUUUUCCCUUGAACGAAGAACGAACCGAGAAGAUGACAAAAUUAUGCGAGAGAAGUCCUCAUUGCAACAUGGAAAAAUUUAUGACGAAUUUGCCAGACGAUGACGAGAUUGUCGAACGUGAACUUGAUAAAUGGUCGACAGCUAUAAAGAAUAUGGGAUAA